UUUUUUGUAUAUCCUCGAGGGGGUUAAACAUGUUCUUCAACCACCGAUAUUUUUUAGUUUAGUUUUAGUUGACUAUGUUUGGGUUGAUUCUCGACAUAGAUAUUUUGAAUGAAUCACUUUUGUUAUGGCUACCAGUACCAGUUCAGACGAUAUUAGCAUACCUCCAAAAGAAUUUAACAUAUCAACGUCUUCAGAUAGUGGCAGCCGCUUAAGCCCUAACAGACAGAAGUGCCCUUUAUGCGGAAGAUUUAGGAAAAACUUUUAUUGCAAAGAUUGCAUUCACAGUGGCCAAUUUCACUGGAAAUCUAAGCCAACUGAGGGAUUUUUCGACAAACACAAAGCUCUACUGGAUUUAGAGGAACAGAAAAAGUUAUUACACAGUAACUGUUCAAAGUACAUUGAAAAUAAAGAAAAGGCAGAUGUUUUGUUGUCUAAGAUCAAACAAUAUAGAGACAAAAACAGAAUUCUUAAGUUGGCCUUGGAAGAGAAAAGACAAAGGAAACACUCACACACAACUAGAUUAGCAGACUUGAGAAACAAGAAUUAUGAACGUGAAAACAGACUACCAUCAUUUGAACAAAAGGUUGAACAAGUUGAGAACUACACAUAUGCUAAGUAUGAUGAGUGUCAGAAGCAAAAAGAUGCUUUUAAGAAGAUUGAGAUCGGUUUAAAGCAAAUUACAAAGUUACGGGUACAUCAGUUAUUUAAAUAUAUAUUUCCCAUUACAAAGAUUUCUCCAAGAAUUGAGAUGGAAUCAAGUAACACAGACAUGAUCAGUGCGAUUGCUGAAGCCUCUAGAACGACCUACAUUUCAAACAGGUGGGAGUACACAGACAACUCAGAAAUGAAAUAUUGCAUUGUUGCACCAUCAUUACCUUGUUCUGGAAAUUAUUCAGCAUAUAACAUUUGGGUGGCACAAAACCGGGAUGAACCCAGUCCAAAUACCCAGGUUUCAAUAGCCGAUACACCAUCAUAUACGAUAAGUGCCGCCCUUACGUAUACUGCCCAGUUGGUUCAUGUUUUGUCCUAUUAUCUAGAUGUCAGAUUGCCAUUUAAAAUGAUUUUAAGCGACAUGGCUAACAGCAGAAUGAACGAACAACAAUUUGCAAGAAGAGUGGCUCGUUUAAACGCAAACAUUCUGUACCUUUGUUUUUCACAAAACGUCGAUUUGAGUUUAAUAAGAUCAAAUGAAACAAUACACAACUUACUUCAAUUACUGCAUAAUUCAGCAGAUUUGGGAAGACAAGGCCCAAUUGAAGUAGACUUAGCCCUCGCUAGUGCUUUAGAGCAGCCUUUGGCAAAUAAUCUACACCUCAGUGAAGACUCAGAUUCUGAAGAAGAUUAUAUACCCGCAGAAUGGGAGGCGGUGCCUCACAUACAGUCGCCAGAAAUGCAGGCCGGUAUCAAUGUGCAGUCUACUCAAAUGAUAACCACGCAACAAGCAAGCAGUAUGGCAGGCGGACUGGUGAACAGUGCGGCUGCCGGUAUUGCCUCAUUAUGGAGGGGAUUUACAAGAAGGUAGUUCACCGCCUUUUGUACCAAUAUAUUUGGCGGUGAAUAUACCUUCACAUUUGUUUUCCACUAUUAAAAAACCUUAUAUAUAUUUUCGAGAUUAGUUUGUUUAUCUCUUAAUUUUAUUUUGCUCCGUUCUUUUUUAAACAAUCAACAAUCGGUAAGUAAUGUUGCGAUGUGUGUUCAAAAUGAGUAUGUAAAUACUUUGUUUUUAUAAAAAUAUGUCUUAUUUUACUUACCAUCUUAUUUUAAUGACAUUUUUAUAAAUGUUAAUCUUAUUAUAAAAAUUGUAGCAGAGCAUUGUAAAUAAUAUACAUUUAAUAUAAAGUUUUUUGAAUUAAAAUUUAAGUUUUUCCUACUUAAAAUUUAAACACCCAAUUUUUGAUAAUAAUAUAAUGGUUUAUAUUAUAAACUUUACAUCAUUUAAUUAGAUAAUUCUUCAAACAAAAUAUCUAAAGGCAGAAAAUUAGUAGCAAAUAGAUUUUUUGUAUAAAUCAUAUUAAUUAAAUUAUGCUCUUUUGACUAUAUAUACAUUUAAUCUACAAAAUCAUAUUUAAAACAUUAAAUAUUAAAUUAUGUAUAAAGGUAAUUUUAGGAUAUGUAUUUAUCUCAGCACUGCUGAGUUUUGAUUGCAAAAUAUAUAUCAUUGAUAAUACGUAAUAUUUCAAUGUAACAAGAUUAAUAAGAUGUCAAUGUCGACAUAUUUUUAAACUUAUUAUUUAUUAAUAAAUAUAAUUCAUACUUUGCAAUUUGCUUCAGAUUAACGAGACGAAAUAUAUUCGAUUUAACCCAUGAAAGAUGUAGCAACGGACUUCUAAUACAAUAAAGUGAAAUAUUCAACAACAUCUGUGAUAAAAUCUCUAAAAUUGCAAGAUAGAGAUUAUAAGUAUGCAAAGUUGCAUAGGAUGAAUUAUCAUUCAAAACAUUAACAAUGUGUCUGUAUUCUAUGUAUAAUUUUUAUUUUUCUUAUACUUUAUGCAUUAUUGAACACGUCAAUCUAUGCAUUACCUGCCGACAAUAUCGAUUAUUUUCAAAGUUCAAGAAUUACACUCUAUGUGAGCUUAAAUCGACUUUUAUAUUUAAAUAAACCGUUUAUUUAUUUUAUUAUUAUUUAAUAUUACAACCAUUUUAUACAGUGUGUGUCACUCUUGUGACUUAGAAUAUUUACGCUAGCAUCAUAAUUAAUUGUGAUAUAUUUAAGAAUGAUAGAUCAUUUUUAUAAUUACUGUGUAUGUUAUAUAUGAAUUAUAUUUUAACUAAAUAUAUCAAUAUAUGUAA